AUGCUCACAAGACAAAUAGUUCGUACGAUCAGAUUUCAUCGCCCAAAUGGGGCCGGACAAGUGGUGACCCUAGCUAGCAUAGCGGGAGCGGGAACGGGGGAUAGGGGAAGAUCGCCGUUGGACUCUCGGGAACGAGGUCAUCAAUCAGGCGGCAACGAAUCAAGUGACAAUGUGCUGCCGACAUUGUCACUCAUCUUUGGAGGAUCAAUUAUGACAUACCUGAUAACGGAAAAGAUAAAGAAAAAACCGACGAAAGUCUACGCUAAAGAAGCAUCACUGGACGAGAUCCGCAAAGCGCACGAUACGCCACGGAAGGAUCUGCCCGAGUUCACGAUGGACGAGAUCGUGAAGCACAACGCCCCGGUGCCCGGCAUCUGGGUAACGUACGGAAUCGGUGUCUACGAUAUCACCUCGUUCGUACCGAAGCACCCGGGCAGCGACAAGGUGAUGCUGGCCGCCGGUGGUGCCAUCGAUCCCUUCUGGCACAUCUUUCAGCAGCACAACACGCUGGAGGUGUUGACGCUACUGGAAACGUUCCGCAUCGGGAACCUGCGGCAGGACGACGUGGUUGGUACGGCGGACCUACACGAUCCGUGGGCAGCGGAACCGAAACGCCAUCCCAUCCUGCGGCCGGCCACCUUGAAACCGUUCAACGCGGAACCUCCACCAGCGGUGCUGAUGGACAGUUUUCUAACCCCCAAUGAGUUUUUCUACGUCCGCAACCACUUGCCGGUGCCUGAGGUGGAUCUCCAAACUUACGAACUGGAGCUGGAGAACGAGAAGACGCAAGACGGCAGGACGAUCCGGUUCGAAGAUAUUCGGAAGUACCCGAAGCACACCGUGACGGCGACGAUAAUGUGCGGUGGCAAUCGGCGCAGCGAAAUGAUGGAGGUGAAACCAAUCAAGGGUCUGUCGUGGGGUCCGUCGGCGGUCGGAAACGCGCAAUGGAGUGGCGCCCGGCUGCGCGAUAUUCUGCGCGAUGCCGGUGUACGCGAAGACGACGAAGACGGCCACGUGCAGUUUGAGGGACUGGAUACGGAUCCCACCAGCACAGCUUACGGUGCUUCCAUUCCGCUCGCCAAAGCGAUGGAUCCACGUGGAGACGUCAUUCUGGCGUAUGAAAUGAACGGUCAACCGUUGACCCGUGAUCACGGAUUUCCGAUUCGAGUGAUCGUGCCGGGUGUGGUCGGUUCGCGGAAUGUGAAAUGGUUGGGACGGAUUGUUGUUUCGCGGGACGAAAGCAGCUCGCAUUGGCAGCAGAACGACUACAAAUCCUUCAGUCCGAGCACCGACUGGGAUACGGUAGAUUUUAAAACGGCACCGGCCAUUCAGAACAUGCCAGUCACGUCGGCGAUCUGUGUGCCGGCAAACGGUGCCACGGUGGAAGCGGCCGAUGGAUUUGUGAUGGUGAAAGGAUACGCUUGGUCGGGUGGUGGUUCCGCCAUCGUGCGCGUCGAUCUGACGGCCGACGGUGGCAAGAGUUGGAUCGUCGCCAAUCUGGAUGAGGAGGACAAGAGUGCGGGCCCUGGACGGCGCUGGUCGUGGACACUGUGGACGGCCAAGAUUCCCGUUAGCCCCGGACAGAAGGGGCCACUAGAAAUAUGGUCCAAAGCGGUCGAUUCCAACUACAACACGCAGCCGGAAACGUUCGCCAACAUCUGGAACCUGCGUGGGGUCGUCGGCAAUGCGUACAGUCGCGUGCGGAUCAAUGUGAAAUAGAAUAGGCAAAUGGUUGCCCGCCACGGGACAGAACUGUGCAGGUGCAAUUUCUGAAAUAUCAAAUAAUU